AUGGGCAGAUUCAGCCUGAAAAAAUCCGAAGACGACGACUCUUCCAACCGCUUAGCGCUGUUCGGCUCCCGUUCUAAGAGUAAGAGCCCAGCGCCUCCCGCAAACCCCUAUGCGAAGCCCAUUCCUACCGACCCAUAUACCAAGGCCAAGAUCAAUGCGGGUGUAGCUCCUCCACCCUCCAACGAGCAACCUGGUACGCCGGGGACCGCCAGAGAUCCGCAUGUUAUUCCGGGCGAUAACAAGUACCAGGGAGGAGGAUAUGCCCCCAAUCCGUACAAUAACACGGGCGGGUACGGGGGGGAUCGAUUUGGCGGCGGUAGCUCCUCUGGUGCUUCUCGAUACGGCCCUGGUGGCUACGGAGGUUUAGGUAGCGCCGAUCCCAACGACGCCGCUGCUGGAGAUGCCAACCGCGAUGCGUUGUUCGGCAGGGCCAGGGAACGCGCUCAGCAGCAGCAACAGCAGGAAGGAGCCCCGCCACCACCAUACUCGGAGGGAUCGGCGUCAUACGGAGGUGGCAGCAAUGCGUAUAACACGUCUACCUACCAGGAGCGGCAGCUAACAGCAGAGGAGGAAGAGGAAGAGGAGAUCCAGGGGAUCAAGCAAGACAUCCGGUUCAUCAAGCAGGGAGAUGUGGCGUCGACACGUAACGCCCUGCGGAUCGCGGCGCAGGCGGAGGAGACCGGACGCGAGACUCUGGCACGACUGGGAGCGCAGGGAGAGCGGAUCCACGACACGGAGAAGCACCUCGACAUUGCCAAGGUUGAGGGACGAGUAGCAGAGGAGAAGGCACGCGAGCUCAAGACGCUGAACAAGAGCAUGUUCGCGGUGCAUGUGUCCAAUCCGUUCACCAGCGCUCAACGACGGCGCGACCGCGACGAGAAGAUCCUGAACACGCACCGCGAGGAGCGUGCAGCUCGUGAGGGCACGCGGCAGGAGGCGUUCGUCACCAACCAGCGCAUGGAGCGCACAUUCCGCGAGAUCGAGCGGGAGGCGGGCAAGCCGCAGCGUGGUAAGCGCAACAUGGCGGACCGCGCCAAGUACCAGUUCGAAGCGGACAGCGAGGAUGAGGCGAUGGAAAACGAGAUCGAGCAGAAUCUGGACCUGCUGUCCGGCGCGGCAGGCCGGUUGAACGGGCUGGCAAAGGCGACGGGCCGCGAGCUGGACGAGCAGAAUCGACAUCUGGAGCGCAUCACAGCCAAGAGCGACUACGUCAGCGAUCAGGUGGCCAUGAACCAUGCGAAACUGGAUCGGAUCCGUUAA